UUCUUGUGGCUUUUUCAAGAAGUUUUUCUUAUUUUCCUCGUACUUGAAAAGAAUAAUCACGAUGUUCAUGAACAAAAUACAUGUUUAUUUUGUUGUUUCUUUUUUCUUUCUUGCAAUUUUCACAACGAUCUUCAGCCCUAUUACUGCCUCACGCAAUAUAAAUAUUCCUCAGGAGGCAAUUGGACAAAGGACAGUGUCUCAAGACAAAUCAGAGGUCUCUGUCGUCACAUCAAGGAGCCUUCUUGAUGGCCUCGGGUCCCAUCCUCCGAGUUGCAUUGGAAAGUGUGGGACGUGUACUCCAUGUGAACCAAUCCUAGUGACUAUACCACCAGUGUCUGCACCAACAAUGUCUGCACCUCUAAGAACAAUAGUCAUGAUAGAGUAUUACCCACAAGCGUGGAGAUGCACGUGUGGGGGCAAGUUAUAUCCACCACUAUUUUAAUUUCUGAAAAACUAAUACACUCUAUGAUAAUAUUUAAUGAUCACUAUAUCCAAUGUAUUUUUGUCAUCUUAAUUUAAAAAAUAAUAAAAGA